UUCUCCUACACACCAAAAUCCUCUUCUGAAUCGUCAAUGGAAGACUCUCACUCAAAGUCCCACUCUCACUCUCACUCUCAGCAGCAGCACUCUUCUUCCGAGCAACUCAGAGAUGGAAUAUCUGCCGUAAAUGACGGCGGUAUCAGCUCCGGCGCCGCCGGAUUCAAUGGCGGUGCUAAAUACAAGUUCAUGACUCCUGCUAAGCUCCCGAUCUCUAGGUCCACGUGUAUCACCAUCCCUCCCGGUCUCAGUCCUUCCUCCUUCCUCGAAUCUCCUGUUCUUCUCUCUAACAUCAAAGCUGAGCCGUCUCCAACUACAGGUUCCUUCUCCAAGCUUCAAGCAGUGCAAGGCUCUGGUGGGAACGCUGCAUUCUUAUUGAAAAGAGGUUAUUCCAGUGGCAAUACAUACAGUGAAGGAAAAUCCAGCUGCUUUGAGUUCAAAUUUGCUGGUGGAUCUAGUUCUACAUCAGGAUUUGUUGCGGAACAUGUGAUUUCUACAGGUUUGAACCAACAACAAAAUGAGCCAUUAAAAGAAGUUCAAGACCAAAGUCAUCCUCAAUUGGUAGCAACUUCAUCUCUAGCUAAGCACAAGAUGGCAUCAUCAAAAGAACUGAGUUUAUCUGCACCUAUAAAUGUUGAUGAUUUUUCAAAAGAAGAGAGUCUAUCUGCACCUAUUAAUGUUGAUGCCAUGAAUAUGAGAGGUCAAUCUAAUACAAGCAUGCAAGUUUCACUUGCUGAUCAUAAAGAUGUAUCAUCAGUAACUGCUGAGAGAUCAUCAGAUGAUGGGUAUAACUGGCGAAAGUAUGGCCAGAAACUUGUAAAAGGAAGUGAAUUUCCAAGGAGCUAUUACAAAUGUACUUACCCAAACUGUGAAGUGAAAAAGAUAUUUGAGCGAUCACCUGAAGGACAAAUAACAGAGAUCGUUUAUAAAGGUUCUCAUGAUCAUCCUAAACCCCAACUGAGCCGUCGAUUUACUCCCGGUGCUCUCAUGUCCAUCCAAGAAGAUAAAUUCUUUGUUGAGGACAAGUUCAACACCAAUGCCCAGACCGGUAAAAUUGAGCCCAUUAGUACUCCCGUAUCACCUCAGCAAGUGGAUGCUGAUGGUCCUGAAGGGGCAGUUUCACAGAUGCAGGGCACUAGUGAUGAUAUGGAUGAGGAUGAUCCAUUUGUGAAAAGAAGGAAAAUGGAUGGUGCAAUGGAUAUAACACCGGUGAUUAAGCCUAUCCGUGAACCACGCGUUGUCGUUCAAACUGUCAGUGAAGUUGAUAUAUUGGAUGAUGGGUACCGGUGGCGCAAGUAUGGACAGAAGGUGGUCCGAGGCAAUCCUAAUCCUAGGAGCUAUUAUAAGUGCACCAAUGCUGGAUGCCCUGUCAGGAAACACGUGGAGAGGGCUUCUCAUGAUCCCAAAGCUGUUAUCACCACUUAUGAAGGAAGACAUAAUCACGACGUACCUGCUGCAAGGUCUAAUAACCAUGAAAUGGCAGGAUCCACGCCUGUAACUGGCGGUUCAAGGAUCAGGGCAGAAGAGACUUACUCUAUUAAUCUGGAUCUAGGUGUUGGUAUUGGAUAUGGUGUGGAGAAUGGGAACAAUAGGCAACUUCACACCGUCCAUAACCAAGUUCAAGUUUCACGUUCCGGUAUGAUGGUAGUGCAACCAGCUGCAAUUGCGGCGCGUUAUGGUAUUGUAAAUGGUAGCAUGAGCCGGUUUGGACCUAUAGAUAAUCAUGUUCAAGGACAUGGUUUUGAGACUUUGCCUUUACAACCUUCUACUCAAUUUCCUCAAAACUAUGGAAAGAUACUCUUGGGCCCAUGAUUGUUUCUACCUCCAACUUCCAAGUAUAAGCUUAACAAUAAGAAGCCACCAUCUAUUUUUUCUUGAAUAUUGGUGGAUUACAAAAGACAUCUCUAGUUGAAGUAUAGAUACUUGCCCUCAUACUUCUAGGACCCAUCAUGCUGUAUUAUACAACUGCUCAGAAAAAUGUUGCACUUCCUUUGUACAUAUCAACAGUAUAUUAGGAAGUGAACAACAGUGGAUGUCUGAGCAAAUAUCCACCUCCAAUAUCUUUAUCCCCAUGAAUAGGCAAAUUUUGAUUGGGCGACUGUGAGCACUUGAAUCAAUGGCAUUUUCUAGGAUUUAUGGA